AAUUUCUUUAGUUAACUUCUCUUUCUUCAUUCCACUAAAAUUUCCAACAUUUUUUUGAAUUUCUUCAAAAAAAAAAAUGGCCAUUAGAAAAUCAAACAAGCAAUCACAUUCUGCAAUUUUGAAGCAAAUAAUAAUAAGAUGUUCGAGUUUGGGAAUGAAACAGGGCUACGAUGAUGAAGACUAUCAAUUUCCCAUCGACGUACCAAAAGGACAUUUUGCAGUUUACGUUGGAGAAAAUAGAAGUCGAUACAUCGUACCUAUUUCUUUUUUGACUCAUCCCGAGUUUCAAUGUCUCCUUCGACAAUCCGAGGAAGAAUUUGGGUUCGAUCAUGACAUGGGAAUUACAAUUCCAUGCGAAGAAGUUGUGUUUCGGUCACUAACUAAUUCCAUGCUCCGAUAUUAAUUCAAAAUUAAGUGAAUAGUAGCUGCUUUUUUUUUCUUUUUCUUUUUAACAUCUAUUUAUUCGUUUUUUGAAUUUUACUGUAUUUUGUUGUUCUGUAAUUUUCAUCUAACCUGACCCUAGGAACCACAUUAUAUAAUUUCGUAAUGUUUUUUAUGGGUCAGAUUCAGAUUUGUAAAAUUAAAUAUUGGAAUUUUUUUUUCCUUACAGUGGUGUUAUUUUGCACCCAGUGAGAGAAGAGAAUGUUUUGUUUGUCAAUUUAUUUUCCAUUUUUUAUAUAUAUAUAAAAUGUCUCUCAA